AUGCUAUGCGCCCUAGAAGUCCCUCUCAAAACGUCCCAGGUUCAGCCUCCCAAACUCAGCCUUUCAGUCACGUGCCGCCUCAGAAAUUUUCUCAUCUUCGGCUCGGCAAUUAAUCGGGCCGCAAUUCGGGCGGCCCUUAAUUUAGCCUUGGCUUAUGCCAGGGGAUUUGCCCAUUGCGCCGUACUUUGUGAGAAUUCAGCGGCUCUGGGUCUGCUCGGCAUCCGCAACAAAACGAAACUGGCCGAAUUCACCGCCCUUUCACCUCACUAUGGUUCCCAUCGCCACCAAUAG